UGGGGAGCAAACAAGGGCAGAUCAAGCAAAUAAGGGCAAAUCAGAUCCGUCAGAGACGAACGAUGACGGCUCCGCGCUUGUCGGUGGCUUUGCUUCUCCUGUGCGCGCAGUCGGUGAAGUGCUUCCCCUUCCAGCCUGGCAGCUGCCGAGGCCCAGGAUCACCCCGAGCACCUCACCCAGACUUCGAGGGCACCACACUCGGCGGCAGAGAUACAUUGGACGACAGCGAUUACCGAGUUGACAUCGGCCUGGACCCAAACACGGGCACGCCGACAGUCAAGGCAAGCCAACGGGGAGAAAAGGUUGUCUGUUUGUGUACGUGUGUGUGUGGUGUGGGUGUGCAGAUCCAGACGGUCAACGACGCCACGUACCGCGGCAUCCUCGUGCGUGCCGACGACGGUGUCUUCGCUGGCCUCACCGACGAUCUGCAGCGCCUCACAUGCCCACCCGGGUUCGACAGUGACGAGCAGCCCUCCCCAUCGACCGAGGCGACGAACUCCGUCGGCCACAACUCGCGAACCGACAAGACGGGCCACGUGCUGACGCUGGAGGGCCUGACCCAGGGAGAGGUGGAAGUGAGGGUGUGGCUGCUGCAGCAGUUCAGUGGUCCGUGGUUUCAAUUCGCUGGCACGAUUGACGUGCCGUAGUGUGGAUGACGGUGCUGAGGGCAGGGACACGUUGAGCAGAGAGACCUUUGCCAAUGGCGCAGGGCAGAUGGAGUGCUGUACUGUGACAUGCCGUGGCUCUGAAUUCGUGGAUCCGUCUGCCUGUUCAUAUCUCAUGAUCUGUACAGUGAUUUGUAUAUUUGUUGAUCUGUAUUUGUCUGGACAGACAAGACAGAUGGGGAGUUUUUGACUGGACAUGACAUGACAUGUGUGCGCUGCAGUGCAUUAGACGCAUGUGUGUGUGUGUGUGUGUAUGGUAUGAUAUGAUUGACGCGUGUGCGUUGUGCUUGUGUGUGGGGCAUAGUACGAUGUGUGUGAUCUACCAGCUGGGAC